AUGAUCCCGAAGCUUUCUUUAUUCCUUGCCCUGGCUGGAGGGUUGUCUGCGGUCGCACUCCCGAGCAGAAACAGCACUCAACAGAAUGCUUGUCUGCACGUCUCUAAGCUCGCCGCACAGGCCAGAAAGGCAAACGUAACGGACAUUGUUACAGUUCCCGGGGAGUUGGCCUACAACUGCCUUCAAUCUAUGCCCUUCGACUCUAAGAAUGGCACUAUUUUUGCCCAAGAAGUGAAGAAGUUUGUGCAAUGGCAAAGCACGCUCGAGGUACUCCAAGACCCGCCGCUUGGAUACUUGUCUCCCUCUACCGAUAUUCUAAGUGGCCUCGAAUUUAUUGAGGCCAUGGCCCUGUUAGGACAGUUCAGCGGCCAGUACGAGUUUGACCAAUCCAUCAAGAUGUUAUUGGCAACUGCCAAUGACGGACACCUCGCUCUUGAGACCUGCUCUUCGCAGAUCUUUCAAUUUUCACUAGAUCUCCCUGUGGUAUCAAUUUCCAAGGAUGGAGUCCAGAUUCCACAGAUCUACGCUGCAGCGGAUGCAAAACUACUCAAGUCAGGCUCCUUCGCUGUCUCCCCUAUUGUCGCUAUCAAUGGUGAGCCGGCAGCAGAGGCGAUAGAAAAGCUAUCUAGCCUAAUGCCAUUCCAGGACCCAGAUGCUCGAUAUAACGUGAUGUUCAUGUCGCCCGUGCGGUCAGUGGCCGAUUCGUUCCCUCCUGAAGGAACCUUCGCUACGCAAGCGCACGGUUGGCCGGGGCGAUCGCUGUAUGAGGUCCAAUUUGCCAACGGGUCGACCAUUCGCAAGCCAAUUAUUGCCCAGGCCCAUGUCAACUUUGCGUAUACCAGUGGUCAAUCCUUACUCAACGGCGCUUGUCUCAAGUCUGCAUCAUCUUCCACGUCUCCAACAUCCAGUGGGGGUUCUUUGAACACCACCAACCCUUUACCUUCCUAUUAUCCUAAGCCUCUCGUGCGGGAUAAUUACAAUAUGCUUUCCGGUUACUAUCUCGACGAGCCUGAUCUGCAGGAUGUGGCUGUUCUUGCUAUUCCUAGCUUCGAACCUUCCGAAUACGCCAUGGAGCCCGCCGAGUUUGCUAUUCGCGCAACCAAAUUCGUCGCGCAAGCCGCCCGAGACGGCAAGAAAAAGAUCGUUAUCGAUUUGUCUGCCAACCCGGGAGGUGAUAUAGACAGUGGUUUGGACCUGUUUAGGAUGUUCUUCCCCGACCAAGAUAUCUACCAGGCUUCUCGCAUGCGCGACCACGAGGCUUUCAAUCUUGCCGGACAGGCACUUGCUCAUCUUGAUGUCACCAAGCCAGCUGAUUAUCUUGCUUGCGCCAAUGCCAGUGGACUUUGUCUUGAAGCUAUUGUCAAACCCGACCAAACUCCGACUGAGGCUACACAUUUUGAAUCAUGGGAGGAAAUCUACGGGCCCUACGAACAGCUCGGAGGGAAUAUGUCAGCCUUGAUGGGCCUGGAAUGGCUGGCUAAGUAUUCCAUACCUAGAACUCCGAUUCGAGGCUACGGUGGUAUUCCUCAGGUUCCCAGCGAGCGACUAUUUGAACCGGAGAAUAUUAUCUUGUUGACAGACGGACUCUGCACAUCAACGUGCACGAUUUUCGCAGAGCUCAUGAAGAACCAAGGCGCCGUCAAGAGCAUAGUCUUUGGCGGACGUCCACGCGUCGGACCGAUGCAGGCCCUCGGCGGUUCUAAGGGCAACACUGCUGCCCCGUUGUCGUUGAUUUUUGAAAUUGGAGAGACGGCGUACAAAGUCGCUCCGACUGCCGAGCUAAAGUACAAACUCUAUGAAGCUUUCCCGAACCCCCAGAUAAUCCCCUUCCAGCUUGGUGGGGUAGGAGGGGAGGUCAACUUCAAGAGCUCCUACCGCAAGGGCGAGGAUGAGGUGCCUCUGCAGUUCAUCUACGAGGCCGCCGACUACCGUCGCUUCUAUACAUAUGAGAACAUUGUGAAGCCCGAGACCAUGUGGGCUGAUGCUGCUCGUACCAUCUGGGGCGAGGGGGGAACCGUUGCGGGUUCGAAUGCGAUGGACUUUGUCUCUGGAUCAUCCGCGAGUGAUUAA